AUGAAGGCAAUUCUGGGUUAUCAAGAAGUGGCUGAAAUUGUUGAGGAAGGUUAUCCCACAAUCACUAAAGGCUCUACAGAAGCACAAAAAGCCCUUUAUAUAGAAAACAAGAAGAAAAAUUGUAAAGCUACAGUCUUGAUUCAUCAGUGUGUAGAUGAUGCACACUUUGAGAAGAUUGCAGGCGCUGCAACUUCACGAGAAACAUGGAAGAUCUGGGAGAAAUGUAAUGAGGGUGCAGAACAAUUGAAGAAGGAGAAACUACAAACGACGAGGCGUCAAUGUGAAUUGAUGCAAAUGGAGAACAAUGAAAAGAUAGCUGAUUUCUUCAAUAGAAUCAUCACUCACACAAAUGUUAUGAAGAACUGUGAUGAGAAGAUUUCAAACCAAACAAUUGUAGAAAAGAUCCCGAGAACUCUUAAUCCCAAGUUCAACCACAUUGUCGUAGCCAUUGAAGAAUCCAAGAAACUUGAGGAAAUAACAGUAGAAGAACUUCAAGGUUCUCUUGAAUCACAUGAAGAAAGACUCAUUGAAAGAGAAACAACGAAGCCAGGGGAUCAUCAAACAUUGCAGGCUCAUACAUCAAAGAGAGUAGGCAAUAAUUCCAAAGAGUGUGUAGCCACACCAAGUAGCAUAGAUCACAUGGGGAAUCAGUCACACAAUGAUUAUCAAGCACAUAUGGCCAAAGAAGAGAAUGAAGUAGACUCUGAAGAACAACCCUUGAUGCUGAUGAUGAUUACCGAUUCAGAAUCUCAUAAUAAUGAAACCCGAUAUAGAGAUUCUGGAUACACAAACCAUAUGAUUGGACAUAGGGAUUGGCUCGUCAAUUUUGAUGCAAUGAAGAAGAGCAAAGUAAGGUUUGCAGACAACAGAGUUAUACAAGCUGAAGGAGCGGGGAAUGUGGCUAUUAGAAGACUAGAUGGAAGACAAGCAAUGAUCACAGAUGUACUCUAUGUUCCUGGGAUGAAGAGUAACCUGAUAAGUAUGGGUCAACCUCUAGAGAAGGGAUUUUCAAUGAAAAUGAGUAAUGGGUCUUUGGAAGUCUAUGAUACAACAAAGAAAAUGAUUAUGAAAGCCCCAUUGGCCAGAAAUAGAACGUUUAAGGUAAAUCUGAAUACUAUUGAACCUCAAUGCUUCUCUGCUGUUACAUUGUCUGAUGACUCAUGGUUAUGGCAUCUAAGGCUAGGACACUUGAAUUUUAAAGAUUUAAGCCUAUUGAGAUAA